CUCAUUAUGUAUAUAAGAGUAAAAUUUCUUGGUUUUGCAUAUUCGUUUUUAUUGUAAUCAUGAAAUUCUGCUUUGGUAUCGUGUUGGCUAUUACAGUUUUGGUCUUGGCCAAUGCUGAAACCACCAAGGAGAAAUAUCUGAGAUUCGACAGCGAGUGCAAGAAACCAGAUGCAAUUAAAUCCCAUGACCUUUGCAUGAACGUCAAAUUUGGUUUACAGAAAGAAAACGGAGACAUUGACAAAGAUGUUUUGAGAGCGAAAUUCGGUCAAAAUCUCAAAAUAAGUGCUGACGAACUUAACGAAAUGAUAAAUGAAUGUAGCGUCAGAAAAGGUAAUACUGCUGCUGAAGCUGGAGAUGCCUUGAGUCAGUGCAUUCGCAAGUAUCUUGCCCCCGUAUAUUCAGAAGUAGAAUAAUUUUUCAAACUUCUCAAUUGUUCUCAGAAAAUAAAGGAAUUUUCAAGUACAAUAA